AUGUAUCCAACCGCCUUCCUUUCCAGUCUGCUCCUCCUUGGCGGCGCGUCUGCCUCGGAGCUGGAGUACAGACAGGCGUCAACAAUCACAGUCGAUCUCUCGCGCACGUUCCAGACAAUGGACGGCUUCGGAGCCUCGGAGGCUUUCCAACGAGCCGUGACCAUGAAACGGUUGGCGGAAGACCAACAGCGGAAGUUCCUCGAUCUCAUGUUUUCAACCACCAAGGGCGCGGGGUUGACUAUUCUGCGCAACGGUAUUGGUUCCAGUGUAGACAUGAGAGACGACUGGAUGGUGUCGAUCCAGCCCCGGAAUCCUGGUGGCCCUUCCGCUACGCCGAACUAUGUGUGGGAUGGGAGCGACAACGGUCAGGUCUGGGUAUCUCAGGAGGCGGUCAAGACCUACGGGCUCAAGACAAUCUAUGCCAAUGCCUGGAGUGCACCGGGGUACAUGAAGACCAACAACAACGAUGCCAACGGUGGGAGCCUUUGUGGUGUGUCAGGGGCAAGCUGUAGCAGCGGUGACUGGAAGCAGGCUUUUGCCAAUUAUCUGGUCCAGUAUGUCAAGUUCUAUCAGCAGGAAGGUGUCGAGAUUACCCAUUUGGGCUUCCUGAACGAGCCUGACUACACCUCAGGCACUCAGGCACAAGACUUCAUCAGGGUACUCAGGCCGACGCUCGACCGGAAUAACAUGACCCACAUCAUCAUCAACUGCUGCGAUACGAUGGGGUGGUCCGUCAUGAACAGUAUGCUCAACCAGAUGAGAUCUGUCGAGGGUUCCAUGGGUGUUGCGACUGGACACGCGUACACGUCCGGGCCUUCUUCACCUUUGUCGACCCAUAACAAUGGAGCCUGGACCAGCUCUUGGUACUCCAACGGCGGUGCCGGCGAGGGAUUGACGUGGGCUAACAACAUUUACGGUGCUAUCGUCAACGGUAAUGUGUCAGCCUAUCUGUACUGGGUCGGUGCGCAGGACAGACCCAGCAAUACCAACAGCAAGAUGAUCCGGGUGGUCAACAGACAGGUUGAGCCGUCCAAGAGACUGUGGGCAUUUGCCAACUGGAGCCGAUUUGUAAGGCCGGGCGCCGUCCGUGUUUCAACAUCGGGUGCGCCCUCAAAUGUCAGGACUUCUGCCUUUAGGAAUGUCGAUGGUACGGUUGCUGUUCAGAUCAUCAACAAUAACAGCGGGAGCGCGAGGACCAUCAGUGUCAAUAUCGCGACUGCGGGGGCGGGGAGUUCGUUUGUGGCAGCUGCAGAUGGAGUGGCCGCCUGGGUGACGGAUGGUAGCCGCGAUUGCGAUCAAAUUGCCGCGACCUUGGACGCGUCGGGGAGGACAAUGUCGGCCAGCGUGCCACCGCGGAGCAUGGUGAGCUUUGUGCUUCGUCCUGCUGGGAGCAAAGCAAUAGCCUAA